AUGCCCUUGUGCCUGCUUCUUCUGGACCGCGAAGCCUUGGAACCGCCAGCUGCCCAUCUCAAGUCAUGGAAAGACCUGCCUGGCUGGCCUGUCGAGCCCUCCCCGGCUCGCCCAGUCCGUUCCGCGACGCCCCUCCAUGCUUCAGCCACGAACUACUGCCCCCUCGCAUCUGACCCUGCUCAAGGUACCGCUUGGCCAUCUCGUUUGCCUGGAGACGUGAUCUGCAUGAGAGCAGCCAGGCUCUCUAACACUCAUGGUCCGCUUUCCAUGCUGACCCGCACGGAGCUGUGUGUAGACACGCACGCACGAGAGAAGGCUCGCAUGCCUCCUCGCCGACCGGCGCUUUCCCUCGGAGAGCGAUCAGCCAAGCCACCUGGAUGCCCGCUUAUACGACGGAUCUUCCCUCUGCCCUCCGUCAGCUGUCGUGGCCCGGUCAUGGCAAAACUGACACCCGCCACCUGUUUCCAGACAGGCAAGCUGGCAGGCUGGCAGGCAGACAGGCAAGUGAGGCCUCAGGGCGAGCUGCAUCAUGGCGCCGUGGCAGGAGUCAAGCUGUCGGGGACGGGCAACUGCCGCCGCCCGCUGCCAGCGGCGUACUCGAGGACGCAACGGCGAGCAGCGAGCCAUGUCGCGCCGCUUGGACGCUCGCCGACUACUACGUGCUGUAGCGACCGCGCAGCAUGGCCUCCGAGGAUCCGUGUGCACCUCCAGCACAGGCUGCCGCGUCGUCCAGCCACCGAGCUUUCAGCUCUGUGGCGAUGUGUACAGGACUGA